AUGAACUUUGGCUCCAUCGGGGCAGCACUACUAGUCCCUCUACAAAGAUACAAGUCUGCCCGGGACAACAUGCGAGAGAAAGGAAUUCUGGACGAGUAUAUGAAGACUCACAAAAGAGAUCCUGCACUUAAAUACCAUUUCAAUCAAAAAUAUGAUUUUGCCGUGGCCUAUGAACCCAUGUACAUGGAUACAUAUUAUUAUGGACAAAUCAGCAUUGGAACACCACCCCAAAACUUCUUGGUUCUUUUUGACACCGGAUCUUCCAACCUUUGGGUUCCAUCAGUAAACUGUCAAAGCUCUGCUUGCAGCAACCACCAUUUAUUUAACCCCAGCCAGUCCUCUACCUACACAACCAACGGACAGCAAUUCACCAUGUCUUACGGCAGUGGCAGUGUCAGUGGUGUCUUUGGCUAUGACACAGUUAGUGUUCAAGGACUAACCAUCACUAACCAGGAAGUUGGACUGACCUAUUCAGAGAGUGGCAGCAGUUUCUACUACUCACAGUUUGAUGGCAUCUUUGGAAUGGCAUACCCUGCCAUGUCUGCAGGGGGCGCCACUACAGCUAUGCAAGGAAUGCUGCAGCAGAACCUGCUGAACAAUCCCAUCUUUAGUGUCUACAUGAGCAGUCAAUCCGGAGAGGUGAUCUUUGGUGGGGUUGAUAAUAGUUUGUAUUCUGGACAGAUUCUUUGGGCUCCCGUCACUCAAGAGGUUUACUGGCAAAUUGGAAUUGAUGAGUUCUCAAUCAAUGGACAAGCAACAGGAUGGUGUAGUCAAGGCUGUCAGGCUAUUGUGGACACUGGAACUUCUCAACUGACAGUUCCCCAGCAAUACAUGGGCAGCCUGCUCCAAUAUCUUGGAGCCCAACAGGGAGGAAAUGGACAGUUCCUGGUCAAUUGCAACAAUGUGCAGAACCUGCCACCUAUCACCUUCACCAUAAAUGGAAACCAGUUUCCUAUCCCACCUUCUGAAUACAUUAUCCAGAAUAAUGGUUAUUGUACAGUUGAUGUUGAAGAAACCUACCUCCCAUCUCAGAAUGGUCAACCCUUGUGGAUCCUGGGAGAUGUAUUCCUGAGGCAGUACUACUCUGUCUAUGACAUGAGCAACAACAGGGUGGGCUUUGCUCAGGCUGCAUAA